AUGCUACAGAGGGAGAAGUUCGCGGAACGCAAUGCGAAUGCCUUAGCAGCUGCCAGGGUCUCCGGCGUUGAUUCUAUAGAGCAAAUAACAAACCGCUGCAUUUAUUUUGUCAAGAACGCCGAAGAGGCUGAAUUUAUUGCAUGUGUUUUAUGCAGAGCUUAUGACUUUAGCAAGCCUGGUUUCGGUCCAUGGGCUGUCAUCCUUUGUGAUCAGGAAUUGCCUAAAGGGAAGUGUUUCUGUAGUACAAAUUGCAAGAGGAUCUAUUCUGCACUGCAAAAUUUGCUAAACUCAGGAGAAGAAAGGUUGCCCGAUUCUUGUUUGGAUGCAACAAGGAUGGAGACUUCUGAGUGGAAGAGUUUCCUUCGUGAAACCCGAAGGCUUCUGGCAAAAGCUGUUUCUAUCUUCCAUGAUGGUUUCAAUCCUAUUGUUGAUUCAGUAACAGGACGUGACUUCAGUCCAUUUUAUGGUCUAUGGGAUAAGCCUAUUAUGAAUAAUAACUUAAGAAGUUCUUUGACUGAUCAAUGCAGCUCAACAGUAGUAUCAGCAGGGAUCCUCCGGAUUUUUGGCCAGGAUAUGGCUGAACUCCCUCUUGUGGCAACCCGUGUUGGUAGCAAAGGGAUACUUUCAGGUGCUGUUCUCCUGCAUAGAAAAAUUGCUUGCAUUUUUGAGCAUGAGACGCUUUGUACUCCCCAGCUGCUGUUGAAGAAUGGUUCCUAUGCUGAUUCAUUGAUUAGCUUUAAAGGAACGUCCAUGCUGGAAAAGAUGGUUCCUAAAUGUCGAAUAAAUAAUAAUUCAGCGGGGUGA